AUGCUCUCACGUGUUGCUGCAGUCAUGGCGCCCCGCACACACAACCGUUGCCGCGUGACCGGAUCCAGGGGCAGGAGGAGGGAAGGAAGAGAGAGUGAGCCGCAGAGGCCCAACAUGCCCCGGCGUGUGUUUACUUCCGCUGUGCUGCUCCUUCUCGUGAUGACGUGCUGCACUGGUGAAGCUGCUGCCGCCGGGGGCGGUAAGUCAAGUAUUGCCAUUAAUCCAUUUACAGGGACGACAAGGAUAGAUGCUAAUUGGAUGGAGUUUAACGAGACCGGAAGCAAAAUCACCUCGAUCCGUGUUCCUGGCCUCGUUAAAGUGGGUGAUGAUGUAUUUGCUGUUGCUGAAGCGCAGUGCGGGGAAGGGAAUGGAGCUGGCAGCUGUGCUGGGAUUGUGUCAAAGCACCUGAAUAUAAGUGAUGACUCAAUGGAUAUUUCGACGUCGGAUAUAAGUUUGUUUCGCAUGCAACUUGGGGACACUGUUGCGAAUAAUUUUGGGACAACAGGAGUGUUGCGACCAACGACGCUUGUACAGGGGACAGUGUCUACAUGC